UAAAAACACUACAACUUACAUAAAACUUAUGAAAAAAACGUUUUAUAACUUAAAAUAUAUUAUGAUUAUAACUUAGUGAUUGUAUACUCUUUAACUAUGAUUAUGUUGUUUCAAACGUAGUGAUCCAGUUUCGGUGUAAUUUGUCAUAUUUCGUACAAUACGGUGUUUAGAAUUUCUUGUUUCAUAAUUAAAAAUGGCACGAUAUGCUCAUAAUAUCCAUCAAGUCCACAUAGCGGACGGCUUUUCUAGUGACUGCGAUGAGCUGAUUCAUAGAUGUUUGAAAUUACAGACAUUACAAUAUCAUUCAUUUUGUGAUAUUUGGAAGGAUCUUAAUUUUGGUAUGAUUUAUCAGGGCAGGAGUUCCGGAGCUGAAAUAGCAGAAUUAUCUGAGGAAGUAAUUCACAUAGCAAAGCAUUAUAUGAUCAAGGACACUAGUAAUUUUGAGGAAUCCGUAGCUGGCCUCUUCUUAGUUUACGGUCUUUUAACCCUGCAGCCAUUUAGUGGCUUUGCAUGUCUUCGUUUAAUACCCGAAGACGUGGCGUCCAUAAACAGGAUACAAGUUGUCGCGAGACGAGAGCGAAGGUUAGAUGUCCUCUUCAUAUUGGGCGAGGUUCUGGUUAAGUAUACCCAAUACCAUGUAGCCGAACGUGAUCGAGGAAUGGAAUCGGUAUUAAGAAAAUAUCUAGAGGGAUACACAAGUAUAGACAAGUUGGGGGUAAGACCUCGAGGAGUGUUCUAUCGACAAAAUGAAGAGUUAGACAUUAUCAGGGACGUUGGAUCCAUUACCAGACAAUAUACUCGUGCGAAAAAUUCCCUCAUAGGUCCCGGUAAACGGGACGCGAGUCUUCAAUAUAUAAAUGAAAACUUGGCAUCUGAGCUCAACACUUCAUUGAAGAGAAUCAUCAACGGCAUCAUUGAUAACGAAAAGAACGACGAUGAUGAUGAUGACGACGAUGAAGAAACUACGAUCGACCAUUAUGAUAAUGUGCAGGCCAUCAAAUCUAGAGCAAUGACUAACACGGUUAAUUCCAUUAAACAUCUAACACGGAUCGAGGAAAGGCAAGCGGCUACCAAAAGUCCGCAGAAGAAAAGCGAUCUCAAAGUACCAACCGGUAAAAUUAAAACAGGCAGCCCUACCAAACCUGUCACUACACCGAGAAGACGAAAAGCUGAACCAAAGUCAAGGAAUAAAAAAUGUAAAACGGCGAAUAAAUCAAAAGUCGAUGACCAGGAAACCAUUGAUAUAGAUCUUGAAUCUUUUCAAAAAGGAGUCUUUGUCGACAAUAUCGCCGAAGAAUUUGGAAUGGAAAUUAUGCGAGAACAAGAUUUGAAAAUAGAAGAUUUAACGGAAUCGACGCAAACAGAAGUUAUUGACAAGGCAAAGAAAACUGGUGUGAACGAGACGGAAAAUAAUGCUGAUGAAUCUGACGUCACAGGCGAAGACUUAAGGAGUACACCUUCGAAUUCUACAAGCACAAAGAUAACUAAGACUUUUAAAAGAAAACGUAAAGACGAUAUGCCGGUUCAAAUUCAAGGAAUGGAAUUUUCUGAUCCAAACGAAACAAGAAAAAAAAUACCACGAGAUUUGAAACGAACUAAAUUAAAAUCGAAAUUCAAAAGAAUGGGAAUGCUACCCGUUGCCAAUUUUAAUGAACAAAAAUGACGUUUAGAAGUCACAGUCGCUUGAAAUUGAUAAAACUAAUAAUUAAUUAAUAUCAAUCAGAUAUUCAUUAUUAAACCGAUUUAAUCAAGUAUUUUUUAUAUACACUUUGCAUAUAAAAGUACUGAAAUGACUUGUCAAUACAGCAAUUAUAUUGUGAGGCACAUUAUAAAUACGGA